UCAAAUGUAUACGUUGAGAAAACAGAUAAUUGAUUCACGCAAGUAAUCAUCUUCAUCCGAAGAUAAUGGAUACAAAUACUAGUCAAAUAUGUAUUAAAGACUGAAUUAUAAACUAUAAUCAAAUACAUGGAUCCUACGAGGUAGUUUGUGAGAAGAAUUUUGGCGAACACGAUAUGACUGUACUGAGACGGCAGGAUUGCCCUGUGAACACCUACUAUACAAUUAAUCGAAUUUUACUACUAUGUGUCGGCUUAUGGCCGUAUCAAAACUCUACUCUCGGAUAUAUCGUAAUAUUAACAACAACUGGAUCGCUAGUAAUAGGCGUAGUACUUCAGCUGGCGAUUUUCAUCACAAAAGAAUAUAACAUAGACCUUCUUCUACAUGUCCUCGCGUACAGCAUGAUAUGGUUAGGCUAUACAUUAAAGUAUAAUGUUCUCUGCUUAAACAUAAGAGGGAUUCGAAACCCGAUGGAACAAAUACAUAAAAAUUGGCAUAAGUUACACAACAAACGAGAAAUUGAAAUAAUAAAAAAAUACUCAGAUAUUGGAAGAUUCAUCACAUUAACUACGACAUUGUUCAUCUAUGUAUCUAUUCUUUGCUUCAUUCUAUCACAAUUUCUAUCAAACUAUCUUCUGGACAUCAUAUCAAGUAAAAAUGCAUCGCGAACACGACAAUUACCGAUCUUAAUCGAAUGUUUUAUAGAUCAGCAAAAGCAUUUUUUUUUCAUUUUGUCGAUAAUUUGUUUUGGCAUCCUGAAUGGUCUAUCUACAGUGGUAGCUACCGAAACGCUUAAUAUGUCAUAUACCUAUCAUGCGUGUGGUUUAUUUGAAAUCGCUAGCUACCGUAUAGAACAAGCAUUUCUUGAAGGCACGGUACAUAAUAUUCUAUCUUUUACCGAAAGAAAUACAAUAAUAUGUCAAGGGAUAAUCAAUGGCUUCAAUAUGUACAAAACAGCAAUCGAGUUUAUCGAAAUGUUGAAGAAAACUUAUUCAUGGGCGUAUUCAUUACUGUUGCCAUUCGGAAUACUAUCACUGAGCAUUAAUCUUUAUCGCUUGUUUCAAUUGAUAACGUCCAAGGAAUACAUUGAAAUGAUUAUGAGUUUUCUUUUCGUCGUUGGUCAUUUUUGGUACAUGUUUUUUUGUAACUACUUGGGUCAGAAAGUGAUCGAUCAUAGCAGCGAUGUUUUUCACAGAAUAUAUAACGUACAAUGGUAUGUAGCUCCGGUGAAAGCACAGAAAUUAUUGAUGCUUAUGAUGCAAAGGAGCAUACGACAUUGCACAAUCAUCGUUGGUGGCUUGUUCACUUCGUCAUUCGAAGGAUUUGCCACUGUUGUAAGCACGUCAGUUUCAUACUUUGCAAUCAUUGUUUCUCUCUUUUGAUUGUUUGUAUAAAAUAAAAUUUGAAGCUCCAUUUCACAGCGUAAGUAAUACAUUCGUACCAUAUUUUUGUAUAAACAGAUAAUAAUACAGAUACAUUAGCCUUCUUUCGGAAGUUCUUAUAUUAUAGCGUAAAAUAAACAUAGAAUUAUAAUAUAGUAUUAUUUUAACUUUCUUUCUGCUCAUUUAAUACAGUUUCUGCCGCAUUUUUCAUUAUAUUGACCAUAAUAGAUAUUACAAAUAUAAGUUAGUCUAUUAUUGCAAAGAAGGUGUAACUAGCGACUGAACAUGAAAGUUUGCAUCGUAAAAAUAAAGGAAACUGUGUGUGCACAUUAUUUCUCUCAUCAAAACGUACCUUAUAGUAGCCUGAUGUCGAAAAAGAAAUCGUGAUAUCUGCUUACACUAUCGUUGUGUCUUUGCAACUGCACAUGUGUCCAUGCAAAUUCUACAUUUCUUCCAAAGUAAACAGAUAAACUGUGCAGUAAUUGCAGUUUAUACUGGCUCUAAUGACGACCAAAUAAUAUAUAAUAAUAAAUUCUU